CUUUUACGUCUCUUUAGUUGAUAUUCUUAUUUUCAUGGAGAUUCAUUGAAUUUUUAUUUUAGAAAUAAAGACGUGAAGAAAAAGUUCUAACGAAAAACUAAACUAUUAAUAAAACGGAAACUGUUAAUUAAAAAACGCAUAUUAGUAGCUGAAAUAAAGUGUAAUAAAAUAAUUAACACAACUCUAAAGAUUUUGCCUAUAGAGGAGUUGCAGUGAACCUCGCAAGAACAAAAAAAAAUUAUAUAUAGAAAAUGACAAUGAAAAAGCAAUUACGUCUGCUAGCUAAACCCUAUUAUUGGGUUAAUAUCUUAAUGGCCCUGUCCUAUUUAAUAGCCAAAAAGACAAUACCCAUUUGCUCAAGGAUAUUCAAGCAUCGCGGCGAGGAUGAAAUGUGUGAUCUGGAUAGUCGAGAAACUGAAAUUUUAUUCUUUCUACUAAUUGUGAUAAUGAUAAGGAGUCGCAAAACCGGCAGUGUUACUAUGAUCAACUAUUUAUCCUCCUCAUUUUUGUACACCAAAGUAGCAAAUGCCAUUCUGUGGGCUUAUAGCGAUUUCCGUUACGGUUUGGGCUUUUUACUGUUGUGUGUGCUGGUGGGUAUGCUAUUGCCUGAGCCCACCUACAAGGGACCUGAACAUAUAACUUACUUCCGUACAGCACAAUCUUUUGAAGAUGAGUUAGCACGUGAUAAACGUAUCAAUUGGUUGAUUUGCUUUUAUACAGUGUGGAAUCCCAGUUGUGUAAAUUUUGCUCCCAUAUUUGCCGAACUAUCAGCAGAAUACAAUUUGGAUAAUUUGAAAUUUGGUAAAAUUGAUAUUGGACGUUUUCCUGAAAUGGCUCAAAAAUAUCGCAUUUCCGAUAGUAGUUUCUCACGUCAGUUGCCCACUGUUAUAUUGUUCCAGAAUGGCAAAGAGUCAGAACGUCGUCCCAUGGCUGAUGCUAAGGGCAAAUUACAGAAAUUUUUCUUUUCGUCGGACAAUGUUAGAGCCGCUUUUGGUUUGAAUAACUUGUACAAACAAUGUGUAGAAAAUCCUAUACCUGUUAAGGCCGCUGUAAAACAAAAUGCUGCUGCUAUUAAAAAGUCUCAAUAAAACCAUUUCUUAUGAGGAAAAUACAUCAUAUAACAUGAAUUAAUAUCGUCAUAUUGUCGUGCUUUUUUAUUAUUUUUUAUAAAUACUUGAACAAAUGAUAACAAGGGUUCUUAACUGAUUUUUGGAAACAAGAACGAAGAAGAGAUACCGCCUAUAACGCAAUACAUAUUAGUUAGUGUAAUAGAUAUCACUUAUUUACUUCUAAAGGGUCAUAACUCAAAAUUACUAAAAAUAUAUGAAAAAUAUUUAUUUUUUUUUUAAUUUUUCUUUUUUGGACAACACUUUUGAAGUAAAUAGGUGAAAUUUGAAUUAAUUAAAUAAAAUAUGUCUUCAUUAAUUAUAGUUAUUAUUAUGAUGUAAAGUUUUUCCUUUUUAUAUGUAUAAGUUAAUCACCAUUAACAAAAGUUAUAGAAAGUUUAAAAUCCUUUUAAAUUAUAUUAAAUAUUUCGAAAUUUUGGAAA